AUGACGCCAUCGUCCGCGACGAACUGUUCGACGACAUCGCAACGGCAAGCGGCUCACCAUCUACCAGGGGCUCGACCCGACAAGUCCCAACAUGCACAUCGGCCACCUGGUGGGGUUGCGUGUCCUGCGCUGGUUCCAGCUUCACGGCCAUCACGUCAUUCUCCUGAUUGGCGACUUUACCGGACGCAUCGGCGACCCGUCCGACCGCCCGGAAGCCCGCAGCGGCUCACGCACGCGCAGGUUCUAGCAAACGCCGAGACGUACGCCGAGCAGUUCUCAAGGAUCUCGAUCUCGAUGGCGAGAACCCCGCGCAGAUUCAGUACAACUCACGGUGGCUCGACGAAAUCACCCUCGCGGAGUUCAUCGAGAUCAUGGACAAGUUCACCGUCCAGCAGCUUCUCGAACGCAGCAUGUUCAGGAGCGCAUAAAGAAGCAGGAGGCCUGUACCUCAACGAGAUGAUCUACCCCAUCCUGCAGGGGUACGACUCCGUGGCGAUGGAGGUGGACGCAGAGCUUGGCGGGUCCGACCAACUCUUCAAUAUGAUGCGGGGCCGCGAUCUCGUGGAAGCGUAUCUGGGCAAGACCAAGCACGUGCUCACCACGCAGCUCCUCGAAGGGCUGGACGGUCGCAAGAUGAGCAAGACCUACGGCAACACGGUAGACCUGACCGAAGACCCGGUGCCAAUGUUCUUCAAGCUCACGCUCGUUCAGGACUCGAAGCUGCCGCGCUUCAUGCAGGUGCUCACCGACCGCAGGACGACGAAAUAG